AAAGGACGAAAAAGUAGACGCGUUAUUGACAUGAGCAGGCUGCAAAGGUCGUCUCUCCGUGCGAGUGUCACGUCAGCGCAGUUGACCACGCUCUUCAAAACCCCAAUCCUCGUGUUGGCCUUCACAAGACACGUCACGUCCGCCGUGUACUUUGCCUCAAUCAGCGUCACGUACAAGAGUGCCAAUCAAGAAGACCUACGAUCUGUCCAGGCGUACGCCCCCGGCAUUGUUGGGACCAUCAUGGGGCUGCUGUCGCUGAUGCACGUGUACGGGUUGGCGUGGACUGUUCGUCGAGUGUGCUGCCUCCAACGUCGCGGCGCCGCCAGCCCAGUCGGGCGGUUCCUGAACUCCAUCAUGUCGCCGACGACCCAGCUCACCUUGUUUCACACGAUCGAUGUCGUGAGCCAGUCGUACCAAGCCGGGCGCAUGUCGUUCUUUUUAGUGGACCGCCGAUACGCCAUGUCAUUUGCAAUGCUCGUGAGCGCGUACUGCCUCGUGACGCCGUGGUUCCUCUUCACAAAGCAUACAGUGGCGCGGCGGUCGCUCGUGCUGCUGAUCAACAACGCCCUGGGGUUCGUGCUCAACUCGGCGUUUCCCAUCGCGCUCUUCAUUUUCCAAGCGCUUCGGCUGGUCAUCCUGGACCGCCACGUUCAAAACGACGACAAGUUCGUCACGGUGAGCCUCCUCAUAGGUCGGUACAUUAUGGUGUCGUCCCCCGCGGACCUCUUUAGCAAGAUCGCGUCCCAGUGCUUGAGCUGUGUAUCCAUCCGGAGCCUCGUGCAGUCGGUCACCACCAAGGCCCCGUCCACGCGCUAUCCCUCGCGCUACUCCCCGCCCGCCGCGAUCGUCUGCGGUCCCCCAGCAGCCCUUCCCUUGGACAGUUUUAGUCUGCAAUUCCGCCACCGCCGACACAUGCUUUGGUAUUUGAUCGCCAAUCUCGCUUGGGGCAUCACCAUCGUCGCGUGUGCGGGCGCCGCCAACUUCCUCCGCACCCCCUGCCCCGACUAUUGUAUGUUAGCCACGUCUCCGUGGUUGGACUUGACCUGCAGCUGCGUCCACGUUGAACUCAACUGUGCGUUGCGGGGGAUACGUGGCACCACCGUGGACGAGUAUAUCCACCCAAGGGACAUUGGUACUUCGUUGUUUACGCUAAACGUGCGCCGGUGCGACCUGCCCCACGGCGUCCCCAUCGCCGCCCUCCAACCGUUCCAGUCGCUCUUUGCCGUGUUUCUGUACAUGACCAACAUCACCGACUGGCCACUGGACCCCAUCGGACUGACGUGGCCCCCUAGCUUGACGGUGCUUCACAUCCGGGGCAGCAACCUCCAGCACAUUCCACAGGCGUUUGCCGUCUUGCCCCCGAACAUUGUCUACCUUCGAGUCGAAGGGGGGCACAUCACGUCCAUUCCAGACGCAGUGUUCAUCGCAUGGGCAAACGUGUCGUCGCUGUCGCUGUCCAACCUCCACCUGGCCCAGAUUCCGUCGUCUAUUGCCACGUUUCAAGAGCUCGUGUCCCUCGAAUUGCGCGGCAACGAGCUCACGAACGUGCCGUUGAUCGAUCCCGUGACUGGAACGUCUCCGUCGUUGCUGACGUCGGUCGAUCUCAGUGCCAAUCACUUUGACCACGUCCCCCUCGACUUUGUCAUGCUACUGCCAGGAGUUCAAUUCGAGUUGAGUUCCAACCCCAUCGCCGCCCUUCCCCCCUCUCUCAACCCCCAACUGCUCACGACCCGUCAACUCAUUCUGGACGACACGCCCUUUUGCAACUCCGCUGCCCUCUCGUAUUGCCUUCCGAAAUGCGCAAAGCAAUGCGAAACCGAACUCCUGGGCGAUUAUCGCUGCGACAUGGUGUGCUACUCCAGCGCGUGCAACUGGGACUACGGGGAUUGCUCGUCCUUUGGGCUCUCCCUCGACGUUUGAAGGGUUCAAAACACAUCUCAAGGCAUCCCCCCAUGCUUCAGAUCCCAUGCCGCCGUCACACACACCCAUUACCCUACCAAGUCAAAGGGACAACCGGAUUUUUUAUUCUAUUCACGGUGGAAUGCAUGGGCGACCAAGGACGCGUCUGUUGUCGUGGGGAUGGGUCGCAUGAAUACUGCGGCCCAGUACAAUAAUACCGCCCCACGAAAACAACUUGAACUACUCCUUGUUGGCGGUGAAAAUCGUCGGAAUUUUCUCCCCAAAAUCUACACAUGACACGUCAACCAAUAAACCCAAUGUGAGUGAUCAAUACAACAGAGAAGGGAUGCGAUCAUUGCAAAACGU